AAGAAGCAAGUCGAGCCACAGAUUACAAGCGGAGGCCAAGACAGGGACAUAACAGAGCACAGCCAUGUCGUCUCUUAUGACAACUGACGUGGAGGAGCUGCGGGCGACGCACGCGGUGCUGGGUGAGGCGCCUCGGAAGAUCCGGCACAGCAUCAUGGUGCCGCUCGACGCCACGGGUAUGGUUCUGGUCCCCGGCACCCUGGUGCGAACAAACGAGGUCCUUGUUUCACUGGGGGACGAGACAGUGGUCGAGGUGUCGGCGGCACAUGCUCGUGGAAUGAUUGAGCGGCGUCUGGACGCCCUGGGUGCGGGUCUCGGCGCGGCACUGGUAGCGGAGCGGACGAUGGUCGCCAAUACGAUUGCCAAGCCGGCGUCCGAACCGGUUGCCAAGCCCGGACAAGCUUUGAAGCCGAAAGCUGACUCUGCAGACAAGCCGGCGUCGAGCGCGGCAAGCGGAGCGGGGAGCGCUGUGCCCGAGACGAUGAGCAGCGAGAAGCGGACGCGGGACAUGCUGGCGGCACUGGGGAUGUCGCAGGAUGCAGUCGAUGCUGCGUUGACUGCGCCGCUGGAUGUGACUGAGCCGAUGGUUCUCGAGCGUGGCGCUGGAGUGUUCGAGAUUCGCGAGCCGCUGGAGGAAGACAAGGAUGCAACCGGGUUGUCGGUGCCUGCCGCGCCGUCGUCGACGGGCGAGCCGGCGCCAGCGAUUGGCUCGACAAGCAGUAGCUACUCGGCGAUGCGCAAGCGGAUGGAGGAGCUGGAAGCUCUGGAGGCGAUGGCUGAGGCCGAGGGCAUCGACGUCACUGACGACGCCGCAGUGGCCAGCUACAUGGGUGUUGCACCAGCCGAGGCUGACGGGCGACCGGCCAAGGUGACAGUCAAGGCCAAGGACCAUGGCGAUGCAGCCAAUGGCAAGGGCAAGGGCAAGGGCAAGGAAGAGGUUGACGAAGCCAGCUCCGCGCCCGUGGCGCUGGCCAUGUCUGAUGACGCGGGACGGGACGAGAAGAAGCGGAUGCUCAGCUCUGUUGUUGAGCGCGACCCGUACGCACUCGUUGGAGCGGUCAAGGAGCGUGAGCCCGAGGUCGCACCGUCGCCCGCGGUUGCCACCGCGUUGGCAAACCACAUGGAGAUUGAGGCCGCCAAGGACGAAGUGCUCAAGCGUAUGCAUCAUCAGAUCCUCAUCCAGCAAAAGGCCGAGAUUGAGGCCGAGCGCGAGGGCGUCGAGCCGCCGAUCGACACCACGGGCAUGUCGCAGUUCCGCAUCGACAUGUUGCGGCGCGAGGGCAAGAUCCCGUGAGAGUUUCUUGUCAAGUAUCUUCCUUCCCCCUGCAUGUGUGCAGCGUGGCAUAAAACGAUCGGGUGGUGGCGUGGCGAUG